AUGGUGACCUUCAGAGUCCUGGCGUCUAGUCAGAGUCCAGUGACUCGUCUGCGGCCUAGCGGCCUCACGGGAGGCCUCCAGGCGCGACUGCGUGAAUGCAUAGUGGAGCUCGAGCUCCUCGAUCGUGCUGGCGGUCCGCGCUUCGUGCCGAUGGUUCGAGAUGGUUUUCUGGCUGAUGAAUUGGACCUUGUUCCUUGUAUUCUUGUGUCUUUUGACAUGGAGCAAUGUAUUGUUUGGUGGGGGAAAGACCAUGAUGACAGCAUACAGGAUAAUGUGCACAAGGCAUUCCCUUCGGUUCUUCAAUUAGAGAAUGCAGCAUUGAAGAAUGAGAGUGUGGAAGAGGAAGAAACAUCAAGUGAGAGUGCAUCAGGAGAGAAUGAGCAUUGUGAAAAAGAAGAAACACCAAGUGACUGUUCUUCUGAUGAGUGGUCUGAGAUCAGUAGCUCUGAGGACGCAUAUCACACGAUUGACGAAAUGCCACCAGGUGUUCACAAAAUUGGCAUGUACUAG